AUGAAGUUCUCUGCCCCCGCUUUCUCUGCUACUCUCUUUGCUCUCGCCAGCGGUGUCACCGCUCAGCUUACGAUCCUCUCGCCUGGAGGACCCGACCUUUGGUGGGUCGCUCAGUCUGACAAUGACAUCACCUGGACGUGCAAGACUUCCCCCUACACGAAUUUCACCGUUCUGAUCGCCAACUCGGACCCAACGGUUCUCGUGCAACCCCAAGCGUUUAUCGCCCAACAAAACAAUUUCGACUGCUCCGAGCUCAUCACAAAGGACAGGGUCAACAUGCCGCCCGCAACCGGCUACACGAUUCAGCUCGCUGACCCCUUCAACGAAACCAACGUCUACGCCACGUCGCAGCCCUUCGAAAUCAAGCCUCUCGGUUCCGUCUACCCCGCCUCCUCCGCGACGCCGACAGCCACUGGUAGCGCCACCGGGUCAGCCUCAGGCUCUGCGACUGAGACCAAGGCCGGCGCCGCCGCCGCGUCGAGUUCCGCCUCGGGGUCGAACGGUGCUGCUGGCCUCGUCGCUCCCGGCAGUCUCGCUGCCGCCGCCAUCGCUGCCCUCGGCCUCAUGUUCGCUUGA